AUGGAGGAACAACAGGGCCCCCAACACCGUGGCUACAGCAAUACCACAAUGCCUCUCUCAGAAACAGACGACUGCAAAUUAACUGAUUUCAUGGGAAAGAAGGGAGAGAAAGCCCAUGAGGAGGUACCUGUGGUCCAUCUUGAGAUGGUAGACAAGCGCAAGGAAACAGACCUCAAUGAAGCUAAAUAUGCGUUCAUUUUCUUUCCUGAAAUCUCAAGUAACAUGUUACCAGUGGUUGAGAUAAGCAAUUCAACUACUGAUGAAUAUUUGACUUCUUCUGAUGAGGAAGUGGAAGAAGAUGGUGAAACGAAAAAGAGGAAGAAGAAGGGCCUAAAAGACAAGAUCAAAGAAAAAAUAUCACGCACGACGGAAGAGGAUUGCACCAAUCCGAAGGAUACAUUUAUUGCCAUGGAGGAAGGCUAUACAGAGGAAGAAAAUGGAGAAACAACCAACUCAGAAGAGAACAAAAGGAUUUCUGGAGAAGAUCAAAGAAAAGCUUUCCCCCCAGCACAAGAAGACUGA